GACUCAGGUUUUUGAGGACAUUUUAACGCCCUAUUUCAAAGUGCAAAUGGCAACACGCGUUCAGUUUCGAAUUGGAGCCUGAACAGUUACUGGUACAACUUAAAAGAAAAAUAAACGAUGGCGGAAGGAGGACAAGGCGACAGUUCACAUGCAGAUGACAACACCUUUUGCCAGCCCUGUCAAGGUGAAGGCGAAAUCAAAGAGGGACAUGGGUACUGUCAAAACUGUCAGGAAUACAUGUGUCAACACUGCAUCAGAAUCGUCCACAGAUCAUCAAACUUAAAGGGACAUACAAUCCUUUCAGGGGAACAAAUGCCUUUAAUACCUCCGGAAAGAGAUGACCAUGGAUCCGCCGAGGAAUAUUCAGAAAUGUGCAAAGUUCACGCCAAUGAAACACUAAAGUUCUUUUGUCCUGACCAUGGGGCAUUUGAAUGCGGAGUUUGUAUUGUACUUGAUCACCGGGCGUGUUCGGUUCAGUUUGUUCCGGAUGUCGCUAAAGGGUUCAGCAAUACCUCUGAAUAUAGAGAUCAAAUAAACAUGCUCAGAGAGAUUCAAAACGAUAUCCAAACUUGUGAAGAUAAGGUUGAAGAAAAAUCAGUCUCUGCUAAUGAUGUCCAUUUAGUUGGUCUUGGUGAUCUAAAGAAGUUUAGGAAAAAAAUAAAUGAGUACCUGGAUGAAUCAGAAAGGAAUAUUGAGUCAUUUGCUGAACAUUUGAAGGCUGAAGUUGAUGAAAAGAUAAGAGAGCUAAAGAAGAAAUAUGUUCAAUUAAAAGGUAUAGGUGAUAAAUCUGAACAAACCCUUGAAAUUGCAUCAAGUGAUGAAGUACGGUUGUAUAUGACAUCAAAGAGGUCAAAGAAAGACAUUGAAGGCUUAAAGCUGUCAGUUGACAAAAUAAAGAAGACCUGUCAGCAGGACAAUAUGAGAUACGAGUUCAAACCGGAUUCUGUAUUUGAGAAAAUGUUGAGCUUGCAGAGAAAUCUUGGCAAAAUGACAAUAACGAAUGAGAUACAAGAUGAUAAAGUGAUAACACAGCAGAUGAGUUUGAUAUCGAUGAAUCUGAUCAAAAGUGUACACUCAGUGAUUCUAUUACAUUUGAUCAAGUGCCCAGUAUAACUAAUAUUUCAAUAGAAAGUACUGAUGAUGUAUAUCAAACAUGUUCAUGUAAGCACCCUAAUUGUUGGAAAAAUGAGGAGGAAGAUCAUAAAAAGGAAGUUAAAGAAUACUGGAGCUGCUGUAUAACAGGAAUGGCCGUGCUGUCCCCAGGAAGGCUUGUAGUUGCAGACAGUGGGUGUCACUCAGUGAAGUUAAUUGACACGUCCAACAACAAGGUUCUGGCUAGAUACUCAACUGCCCCGUAUCCAACUCAAGGUCAAAAGCCAUUUGAUGUAACAGUAGUUUCAAAUGAAAAUAUUGCAGUAACCUAUAAUCCAAACACUUCCUAUAUGCGUCUGAGAAUACUAUCCACAGAAAAUAACACUCUUUCUGAACGUUAUAGUGUUAUAAUUCAAAGUCUCAGAACUCUAUAUGUUUCCUACAUCAAUGAUCGAUUUUAUUUGUCGGAUGGUUCUUCUAUCAGUGUCCGAGAUGAUAAAAUCAAUGAUGCACAGGUUAGAAAAUUUGAAAUCAAAGGCAACUCCUGUUAUAGAAAGCCUGUAUUGAACGCUUCUGAUGGCAAUGCGUAUUACGUCACGGACAAAACUAGCUGGGACACUUACACUCUUAGAAAAGUCUCUUUAGAUGGAAAUACUUUGGCUACAUACACAGAUUGGGAGUUUAAAUCUCCAGGAUUGGUAAUACCUAUUUGGGAUGGAAAUAUUCUGCUAUACAACAAUGAUAAGGAGGAGCUCUUGCUAAUGUCAGGAAACUGUGAGAAAAUAAAAAGUCUGAUGAAGAUCAAAACAGAAGAAAAUUUUAUCGAAAACCCAAGUGCAACAACUUUCUGUUCAGAAACCAAGACUCUUUUUGUUUGUGACCAACAAAGCGACAAAACUAUCAAAGCAAUACAGUUUACGUAGUUUGUCAUGAUGUAAAAAUAAAAUUUGUUAUGAUUUAAAAAUGUGGGAAAAACCUACCAUGUUUCAAUAUAACUUUGUUGUUUGUUAAUGAUAUGUAUCAUGUCCAAAUGAGUUCUUUUAUAGAAUUUUAGUAACUAACAUUAAACAUUUAAUUGA